ACAGGCAUAAUUCUGUGUGAAUCCCGUGUACUGAAAAAUACGCUGUGACGUUCGUCAACGUCAUAUGUGUUUAUCGCGUUUUUUUUCCAGUCCUCACUUUUUUGACUUUAUAAUUAUAGUGCUGAGUGUUUGACUUGCAUAUGUGACUGCAAUUAAAUAUAAGCGCGAGCAUCGUUCUCGAGAAGUCUCAUUAUAGAAGUCUGUAAUACAAUUAACAUGUCCGCUCUGCAAAAGUCAAUUUUGAAAUCCAGACUGCCACCAUCGGCCGUCAAUUUUCCGGCAUUAAAUUCCAGGAUUAACAAGUUGAAGGGAGCUCAACGAAAGAGAGACUACGAUCCAGUGCAAUGGAAUCCGUACUUUGAUUAUUCCAAGGAUGUAUUAGUGGGACAGAAUACUUUUCAUGUUUAUAUCAAAGGCACUGAAGGGCCUUUGCUAGUUUUAUUACACGGUGGUGGUUAUAGUGGCUUAACUUGGGCAGAACUUACAAAAUCAAUUAUGACAAUGGUAUUAUGUAGAAUAAUGGCAAUUGAUCUUAGAGGUCAUGGAGAUACUUAUACUACAAAUGAUGAAGAUUUGUCUGUGGAUACUUUAGCAUCGGAUGUUGCAGCUGUUAUAGAAGUAGUUGAACCUGAAGCACCGAUUAUUCUCGUUGGUCACAGCAUGGGUGGAGCAGUAGCUGUGAGAGCAGCUCAACUAAUUCCAAAUUUACAAGGAUUAGGAGUUAUAGAUGUUGUAGAGGGCACAGCGAUGGAUGCGUUAGCUUCGAUGCAAAGUUUUUUAAGAUCUCGUCCAUCCAGUUUUAGCACCAUAUCACAAGCUAUAGAAUGGUGUGUGCGCAGUGGUCAGAUUCGUAACAUACAGUCCGCAAAAGUCUCGGUUCCUGGGCAGAUAAAGAACAUUGAAACUAGCAAAUUAGCAACUCAUGAUAUUGACACAUUGUCAACCCAAUACACGUCUGAAUCUAAUCCAGAACCAGUCAUACCGCGAGAUGAUACUAUCCAAGAGGAAGAUUCGUCCAGCAUGCCACCACCUGUGUCUCCUACUGUCCCUGUCAAUAGGAAGUACGUAUGGAGAAUAGAUUUGGCAAAAACAGAGCAGCAUUGGUUCGGCUGGUUUAAAGGACUGUCGACGGCAUUCUUGAAUGUCUCGGCACCGAAAAUGUUGCUAUUAGCAGGAGUUGAUAGAUUAGAUCGCGAGCUCACCGUAGGACAGAUGCAAGGUAAAUUUCAAAUGCAAGUAUUGCCCGCGUGCGGACACGCUGUUCACGAAGAUGUCCCGGACAAAGUAGCGGAAGCCAUUGCUACAUUUAUGGUUAGGCACAAGUUCGCGGAGCCGGCAUCGGAUUUUCCACGGACUUUCCCAGCUUGCUAAGAAAACUUUCAAUGUAAACCUAUUGAACAAUGUGGGGGAUUUCUUUUAAUUAGCGAUAUAAUUAUUUUAUUUAUUUCAAGGAGAUACACUCAUAAAAUAUAGAGACAUAUACCGUACAUGUGUAAAUAAAGACAUUUAUCUUGGUGAGAAAAAUAA